AUGCGGCGGAAUAAGGCAGUUCCCUGGAAUGCCGCAGUGAUGGGCAAAAGCCGACAUGUCAACGAUGCGAGCGGACCGGAGCAUCUUGCGUAUGGCAAGAUACUCCCUCAGGUUUCCGACAUGGCUCUAGUGCAAGUGCCCGGUAUGACUUUGCCGAUGAUCAGCCCUGGCUUCCCAUCGGGCGUGUUACUGAACCAAGACGGCAGUGGACUACAAUUCGAUAUAUGCGAUGGGGAGAGGCAUUUUGCUUGCACAGUACCCCUCCGUGCUCGAACAUGUCCGCCUCUGCUAAACGCUAUCUAUACGGCCUCGGCAAGACACCUGAGCCGAGUCAAAACAUACUACAAGGGGGGCCAAGUCCAUUACGGUGGCAAAGCCCUUCCAAACCUCACACCCGAAACCGCCAUCCACUACCACAACGAAUGUAUAGCACACUUUGUCUCCCUGUCAGACCACUCCCGCGAGGCGCAGGAUGAGAAUCUUCUCGCUGCAGCCGUCAUCCUCCGCUUCUACGAAGAAGUCGACAUGCAAUCCAUGCCUGAAGACUCCGAAAGUGCCCUCCGCGGUAUCCAAAUAUUCCUCGACGCCCAAGCCAUAUCCGCCGUAGAAGGCUGCGGUCUGCGUCAUGCAGCAUACUGGAUCGCCCUGCGUCAGGAAAUCAUCACAGCCUUUAGCAAACAACGAACCUUCCGCCUCCCCCUCGGUCCCUGCGAACCCUACCGUACCUUUGAACCAGCCGACGACUAUGUUUGGGCCGAUCGACUAGUGAUUCACUGCGCCGACGUGUUACAGUACUGCUUCGGUUCGGAAGAAGAGAACCUCCCACGCGACACAUACCAAUCAAGCUCCAGUAUGGGCGUACUAUAUCCACCGCCCACCACGGAUAGGCGCAUCGCGCGCUAUGAAGAACUAGUCGCAUUCGAGACACUCUGGGCUGAAAUGGGCCCGCCCAGUUUCAAACCCAUCUACUCACGGAAACCGGAUCGUUCGCGCGGCGAGGUCUUUCCCGAGCUAUGGUAUUUAAACAAUUGCCAUGUGGCAGGCCUACAAUUCCUCGAGCUUGCGCGCAUCUUGCUCACAGUAUACAACCCCAAGAUACCUCGUCUAGGACCCGGACAGCGCACUGCAAUGCGCACGGUGGAUCGAGAGGUACGCGCGAUCGUAUUGAGGCUGUGUGGCACGGCGCUUUCGAAUCAGCAUAGCCCGCCGGGAAUGGUGAAUGCGUUCGUGGCGAUUGGAAUGUGCGGUGAUCGGUUUACGGAUCGAUUGGAGCAGGAGGGUCUUCUUGGGGUGCUGGUCAAACUGGAGGAUGAGCAUGCGUAUCCCACGACGAGUACGCGGGAAUUGUUGAAGAAGGCGUGGGGGUGGGAUGGGUAUGAUGCGUCCGAGUAG